AUGAUACACGAGCAAAAGAACGUUAGACCGCAUCCCGAUCAGAACAUUCAUGAAGUGAUGUUGGAAAAUACACUAUGGGAGUAUCGGUCGUGCGACAUAUACCGUAAAAAGAUGCGAGAGCUCAGUGAGCUCAAGGCCGGAUCGAGCUCAUCACUGCAUGGAGAAGACGUUCUUUCAACUCUCCAGCAAAAGAUCAGUGGCGAGAUUGAUGACCACAUGCACGCUUUGCUCGACCUUGUCACACCAGUAUGUGACAAUUCUAGAAAUUUUUCCAAUAAGCUGUCGGAGGACGUGGAAGAAAUCAGGGAGCGUUCAGCGAAAUGCUAG